AUGUUGCUCCUUCCAACAUUGAGCAUUAUGCUCGCCACGGCGGCAGCACAGUCGGGCUAUGGCAGCCCUCCACCACCCUAUGGCUCCACGAACAGCACAACCAACUCAUCUCUCCCCUACAAGAACCCAUCUCUGCCAAUCGAGACCAGGGUCCAGGACCUACUAUCAAGAAUGACCAUCGAAGAAAAGACCGCCCAACUAAUGCAAGGCGACAUCUCAAACUGGCUCAACACCACCGACGGCACCCUCAACACCACCGGCCUCGCCCUCAACUUCGAACAAAAAGCCGGCAUGUUCUAUGUCGGAUACCCAAUUUCCUGGGACUGGCUAGCCUCCAACAUCAAGAUCGGGCAAGACUACGCCGUCAACAACACUCGUCUAGGCAUCCCCGCCAUCGUACAAACAGAAGGUAUCCACGGCUUCCUAAUCGGCAACGCCACCAUCUUCAACAGCCCCAUCGGCUACGCCUGCUCCUUCAACCGCACCCAAGCCUCACUCAUGGGCCGCCAAAUCGCUACCGAGGCUCAAGCCUUGGGCGUCUCCCAACUUUUCGCUCCCCUAGCCGACCUCGCCCGUGAGCUACGGUACGGACGCGUAGAGGAAACCUUCGGCGAAGACGGCUACCUCGCCGGCGAGAUCGCCUACGCCUACAUCCAAGGCGUGCAGCAUCUUAACGUCUCGGCGAUGGUGAAACAUUACGCCGCUUACUCCAACCCGGAACAAGGCUUGAACACCGGCCCUGUUCAUGGAGGGGAGAGGGAGCUCCGCACCACCUGGCUGCCUUCUUACAAGAAAGCUAUUAUCGAUGCAGGAGCAUGGAGUAUCAUGUCCGCCUACAGCUCCUACGACGGCGUGCCCCAAGUAGCAGACUACCACACACUGACCGAAAUCCUCCGCGAGGAAUGGGGUUACGAUUUCUGGAUUUCUUCCGACGCAGGAGCUACUGACCGCUUGGCGAACCCCUUCUAUAUCUGCCCCUCACCACUAGGCAAAUACGGCGACAAUAUCACCGCGGGCAACGAAUGCGUGACCCUCAAUGCUCUCCCAGCAGGCGGCGAUGUAGAAAUGGGCGGCGGGAGUUUCAACUACCGCUCCAUCCCCGAACUCGUGGCUUCCGGUCGCCUGAACUCCAGCAUCGUGGAUACAGCCGUCUCCCGCUUACUGCGAGCGAAAUUCACAAUGGGAUUAUUCGAACACCCAUACCAAAUCGCUCCGAAAAGCGAAUGGAAUAACAUCAUCAACAGCCCCGCCGCGCAACAACUCGCGCGAGAAAUCGACCGCGAUUCCAUCGUCCUUCUUAAGAACGACGCGAACAUCCUCCCUAUCAGUAAAGGAAAGAAAGUGGCUGUUAUCGGGCCCAUGGCGGAUUUCAUGAAUUAUGGGGAUUAUGUCGUUAAAGAUGCUGCUUUAUUCGGGGGCGUGACGCCUUUGCAGGGGAUUCAGGAUGCGCUGGGGAAUGGCUCUGUGAGUUUUGCGCAGGGGUGUCAGAGGUGGUCGGCGGAUGAGAGUGGGAUUGCUGAGGCGGUGAAGGUGGCGGAGGCGGCGGAUGUGGCUGUUGUUGUUGUCGGCACCUGGUCCCGCGACCAAAACGAACUCUGGCAAGGCCUCAACGCCACGACCGGCGAACACGUGGACCUCGCCUCCCUCGACCUCGUCGGCGCCAUGCGGCCCUUGGCUCAAGCCAUCGCCAAUACCUCCACCCCGACCGUCAUCGUUUUCUCCUCUGGCAAACCGCUGACCGAAACCUGGAUCUCCAAUACCACUGCCUCGCUUGUGCAGCAGUUCUAUCCUUCGGAGCAAGGCGGGAAUGCGCUUGCGGAUAUUCUGUUUGGGGAUGUCAACCCGAGUGGGAAAUUAAGUGUCUCUUUCCCGCACGAUGUCGGGACACUGCCGAUUUACUACGAUUACCUCAACUCUGGCAGGCAAUCCUCUCCGGGGUUUGUUGGCGCGGACGGGCAGCUGUAUUUUGGUCACCAGUACGUCCUCAACACACCCGAGCCCUGGUUUCCCUUCGGUCACGGACUCAGCUAUUCCAAUUUCACCUACUCCAACGUUUCGUUGAGCUCGUACGCCAAUGUCUCCGCUACGGAUUCCGUCACCGCCUCCGUCUCCGUUACGAAUAAUGGUACGGUGGCUGGUGCGGAGGUCGUCCAGCUCUAUGUCAAGGAUAUGCUGGCUUCGGUCGAUGUGCCUAACAUGUCUCUUCGCGGGUUCGAGAAGAUUAUGCUUGGGGCUGGGGAGACGCAGGAGGUGAAGAUUGAGGUGAACGUGACUGAUCUCGGGGUGUGGAAUCAGAAGAUGCAGUAUAUGGUUGAGCCGGGGCAGUUCGUGGUCCUCGUGGGGAGCAGCAGCGGCGAUCUUCGAGGCAACGCUUCAUUCUAUGUGGUUUAG